AUGGCCGACUCAUCACCACCUAUCACCCCAACACCCAAACGCAAGCGUGGGGUUGAAACAGCCAUCACGCCCAUCAAAUUCACAUUUGACGUUAACCGAGCAAAGGAUGAAGACGGCAAUAGCCCGCGAUCUAACGUCGCCCACAAGUUCCGUGGCCUCGACCUUCAAGAAGAGAGUGGGGGCGGGGUAGACGCAGCAAGUGUCGAUGAGAACAAGGAUGACGCGGAUGCGCGCAAACGACAGCGAGGGGAUGAUGAGAUGGCAGAUGAAUCAGCAGAUGGAUCAGCAGAAGUCAGCUCAUGGGGGCCGACAUUACCAGAACCGGACAUCCCUCUUGCGCCGCCCGGGGCAGUCAGUCUUGACGUGCCUGACGGAAGCCUGCAGCGAGCGUACUCUCCCAUCAAUCGACUUUCAGAUUCACAAUCGAGGUCAAAUCCCCGGCAGAAAAGGACCGGGACCCCGCCUCCGAGCUUGCGCAAGAAGCUGGCGGCGAAGAAGGGUGAGGGUACCGGCGAUGAGGAUGAAAUGGAAAUCGUCGAACCCAUACGUGCGGCAUUGACGUGGCGGGAGGAUGAAAUCACAAUCUACGAUCCAGAGGACGUCGAUGAUGAUGGCACAGGGAUCAACGGCGUGGGCUUCAGGCCGACGCCAGCGCUGGCCCAGGCCCGAAUCCAGAAGCGCAGGCAGCAAAUGGCAGACUACCGCAAACGCGAGGAGAACGAAGCCAGAGCCCGGCGAAUGCAAAAGCGGAGAGAACAGGUCAAGGGCGAAGAGGAAGCAUCCAAGGAUAUCGCAAGAAGAGUGCAGUUCAUGGAGGAAAGCAAUCGGUCUUACGACAUGAUUCAACCCAGCUAA